AGUGGAAAACUGUAAUCAAGCGGCGCAUUAACUUCAAGACACGUCUCCUCAGUUGACCAUUAAAAAAUAAGUCGUUGAAUAUCGCCGGUUAUCCUGUCCGCCGUCUUUCUUCUCCUGAUAAACCCUAGCUGCUCCAAAUUUAUAUUUCUUCCCUCCCUUUCCUUUCUAACAAUCUUUCAUUUACUCUUAUUUUCACUAUCCGCAUUCAACUAUAGCAUACUGAGCUAAUCAUAUCAUAUCUAUAGAGAGAGAAAGGAUUGUUGGAGAAAAUGGCCGGUGGUUCUGAAGCGGCAGAAGCAACUCCACUGUUGUGUGCUCGAUGCGAGAAGCCUGCACAUCUUCAGUGUCCGAAAUGCAUGGAAUUAAAGCUUCCUCGUGAAGGUGCUGCUUUCUGCACACAGGACUGCUUCAAGGCAUCUUGGAGCACUCAUAAAUCAGUUCAUGUGAAGGCAAAAUUGUCCUCGAUUGAACAAAACUCAGAUUUAAGUAAUGAAGGUUGGCGAUAUUGCUUGAGGAGAGGACAGGAUCGAACUCCAAAACUUCCUUAUUUUGAUUGGACCGGGACACUAAGGCCGUAUCCUAUAUCUCCCUAUCGUGUAGUCCCUGCGCACAUUGAUAAACCUGACUGGGCAGUUGAUGGAAUCCCGAAAAUUGAACCCAACAGUGAUUUGCAGCAUGUUGUGGAGAUUAAAACUACAGAUCAAAUUCAAAGAAUGCGCGAAACUUGUCGAAUAUCCAGGGAGGUGCUGGAUGCAGCUGCUCGGGUCAUUCGUCCUGGCAUAACAACUGACGAAGUUGAUCGAGUUGUUCAUGAGGCAACUAUUUCAGCUGGAGGAUAUCCAUCUCCUUUGAAUUAUCAUUUUUUCCCAAAAUCGUGCUGCACGUCAGUUAAUGAAGUAAUCUGCCAUGGAAUUCCUGAUGCCAGGAAAUUGGAGGAUGGAGAUAUUGUAAAUGUAGAUGUGAGCGUGUACUACAAAGGCGUACAUGGUGAUCUCAAUGAAACAUUCUUUGUGGGAAAUGUUGAUGAGGCAUCUCGACAGUUAGUACAAUGUACUUAUGAAUGCUUAGAGAAAGCAAUAUCCAUUGUGAAACCUGGAGUGCGAUUCCGUGAAGUUGGAGAAGUUAUUAAUCGUCAUGCUACAAUGUCAGGGUUAUCUGUGGUCAAGUCAUAUUGCGGUCAUGGUAUUGGAGACCUCUUCCACUGUGCACCUAAUAUUCCUCAUUAUGGAAGAAAUAAAGCUGUUGGUGUGAUGAAGGCUGGACAGACCUUUACAAUCGAACCCAUGAUUAAUUCAGGAGUUUGGCGUGAUCGGAUGUGGCCUGAUGGAUGGACUGCUGUUACUGCAGAUGGCAAAAGAAGUGCUCAGUUUGAGCACACUCUUUUGGUGACAGAAACUGGAGUUGAGGUUCUUACAGCAAGGCUGCCUUCAUCUCCCAAUGUCUUCCCAUGGCUAAAUGCUUAAUUGGCCCUUUGCUCAGGCUAAAUGGCCCCCUUUGGUGGAUGACGAUAUUUUGGUUAGUAACAGAUGGGAAAUAACAAUCGAUUUCAAUUUUGAAUCAAGCCUGUGGGUAUGAUUACGAUGUAAAACGAAUUUAUGAUAAUUUUUGAGGUGAUGAUUAUUAUACUCUAUAGGAAUUGUAAUCAGUGUUUUACUCGAUUCAAUCAAUAAACUCAGUAAUGUUUAUGAAA